AGGCACAACGCACCAAUUCCAGCGGGGAAGGCGAUCUCACCUGGCAACCUUUCUAACAUGGCUGCGCCCAUGCAGAUUUCUGCAGCACAACAUGAUGCGCUCCAGUUUUAAGCUGUGUCGAUCUUUCUCUGCAAAGCAAGCUCCCAAGAAAGCAGAACUUCCGUACAGAAACAGGUGCAAUGAAUUGCAAAAGCAUUUGCAGGUGCCGUUAUUUGGUGAAAACGAAGCUCCUUUCGUCCCCAGUGUCGCUGAAAUGAAGGCAGCCGAGAACCUUUUCGUCAGCGGACCCAAACAUUCACUUUCAUUCAUAACGUCAGCUGUAUGUCCUGAGCAGUACCCCCAACACGAUGUGCCCGAGGCGGCCAUUAUGGGAAUAAGCAACGUGGGGAAGUCGUCACUGCUUAAAGCCAUGUUUUCUCAGGCACCUGAAGUUAACGUCAAGGUCUCUAAAACUCCUGGACACACAAAAACGUUGAAUUUCUUUGCGGUUGGCAAGAAGCUGUGCUUGGUCGACAUGCCUGGCUAUGGUUUCAGACAGCCGAAGGACUUUGCCCUCUUUUCAUCACAGUUUCUUUCAGGUCGGAAAAACCUGAAGAGGACAUUUCUUGUAAUGGAUGCUGAACAAGGUUUCCAAGAUUAUGACCAAGAUGCCAUAGAGAUGCUGGAAACACUAAAAUCACCGUAUGCUCUGGUGUUCACCAAAAUUGACAAGGCCAGAAAUUCCACCAUACUCAAGAACCUUAUGUUUGUGAGAGAGCUACGGGACCAAUACAUGUCGACACUUUGCUUCCCUCAGCCGUUCUUAGUCAGUUCAGUCACCCAUGAAGGGAUUGCCUUUCUGCAAGCAUUUAUAGUACACAUGGCUGGGCUUCUUGAUGUUGAAGACGCACUGUAUACACGACCCUCACUGCGUAGCAGGCCUCUAGAAGUACCACAGCUGCCAAUCCCAUACGCAAAGAGUAUGUUACCAGAAUAAAAACUCACUCUCCGUUGGAGCCUGUGUAGUGGCUGUUUUUGUGUCUGUUGCGCUUGAAGAAGCAGAAGAAGACAAUGC